AUGAAUUAAGAUGAUCACAAUUCCAAUGAACAUAAGGUCGAAAAGUAACUCCACUAUUAUGAUUAAGAAUGGCCACAACAACCUCCAUCCUUAUCUCCAAGAUUCACUCCAUAACAAUGUUAUCUCUUCCCUGCUUAAAAUAUGUCAAACUUUAAUCUUCAUGCAGAGCCUGAAUUUUAAGAUAAAAACAAACCAAAAUAUCCGUUUCGAAAAUUAUCUGCAGGUGAUGCUCCAGAUGAAGAGGAUCAAUUUCGACAGCCUUACAAUCACUACUAUUAAUAAAUCCCCCCAUAAAUGAAAUAUCCUCAAAAUAUCCCUUAUAUGCAUAUGAAAUAUCCUGUGCCCUAUCCUCAUCCAUGGUAUAGACAUCCAUAUCCUCCAUUCUAUUAUCCCGCUUUUGAUUCAUCUUAAUACUAAAACACCCUAUCCAAAGAACUUCAAUCUAAAGUUAAUCAACUUGUGCAAUUUUAAAAAGUAUCUCCCUUUUAAUGUAAUUGCAAAAAAAGUAAAUGUUUAAAAUUAUAUUGUGAAUGCUUUGCCAAUAAUUGGGUUAUCAUUCAUUUUAUUCUAUAGGUCUGUUCAUAAAGCUGCAAUUGUACUGAAUGUAAAAAUAGAAUUGAUAAUCCUAAUGAAAGAUCAAAAGCCAUAGAAGAAGCCUUACUUAGAAAUCCUGAAGCCUUUUCUGCAAUACUUACUAACAAUGGUUAAUAACCAUAAAUAAUUCCAGGUAUAUAAUUAAAUUACAACAAGAACCCAAAUCAUAGAAAGAAUAAAGUAAGGAAACUAAAAAAGGAUGUAAUUGUAAGAAAUCAGAAUGCAAAAAGAAAUAUUGUGAAUGCUAUAGUAUUAAUUAAAAAUGUACUGAUUUAUGCAAAUGUGAAAACUGUUUAAAUAAAGAGGAACCAUUAGAUAAAAUACCUAAUAUAAAACCAGAUAGUAAUCCUCCAGCACAAUAAUAGUUAUAAAAAUAGGAAGUUGUAUAAAAAAAAGAUUAGAAAUCUAAAAAAAUAAAAAAGGAAGAAGUUUAAAAUAACAGUAAUACUAAAAAUCAAAAAAAGAAAAGAAAGAAUUGA